AUGGCGGCGCCGCUUCGCUCCCGCGCUGCCCUCGCGCUCUCCCGGCCGGAAGUGACGUAUGGGGCCCGGAGGGGCGGGGCAAAGGCGGGAGGGGCCGCUCUGGCCGCGCCUCUCGAUGGCGACGUUGCCCCUUUAAGCCGCCCCCCCUCUGCCCCCCGCGUGCCGCCCCUCCCGCCCGUCCCCCCUCUCACCUCCGCCUCGACCAAUCAGCGCGGGGGGCGUGGCCUCGUCGGGGGGAGGGGGCGUGGCCUGGGGGACGGGGGGCGGGAGGGGUCAUUCCGCGAUCAGCUGCGGGAGCGCGGGGAGACCCCCCCCAACCCCAUUUUUCGCCCCCCAACCGCAGUGGGGGGGAUCUACACGGUGCUGCAGACCAAGGCUCGGGUGACGGCCGAUGAGUGGGGCGAGAGUUACGUGCUGGUGGGGCCCUACGUGGAGAGCAGCGUGCGCACACAGGUGGAGCUGCUGGAGCCCCCCCAGCCCGCCCUGCGCCGCACCUUGGCGGCCAUGAACGCCCAGGGCUGCAAGUUUGCGGCGCAGAGCGAGGAGCGCCCGUUCAUCGUGGGUCACUUCCACGAGUGGCUGGCGGGGCUGGGGCUGGUGCUGAGCCGGGCGCGGCGCCUCCCGGUGGCCACCAUCUUCACCACGCACGCCACGCUGCUGGGCCGCUACCUGUGCGCCGGCAGCGUCGACUUCUACAACAACCUGCACAGCUUUGACGUGGACAAGGAGGCAGGUGAGCGCCAGAUCUACCACAGGUACUGCCUGGAGCGCGCGGCCGCUCACUGCGCCCACGUGCUCACCACCGUGUCCCACGUGACCGCCGCCGAGGCCGAGCACCUGCUCAAACGCAAACCAGGUGGGACCCCGAACUCACCUGAGCACCCCAAAAUCCCACCUGAGCACUUUGGGGUUCCCCGGUGGUUUUGGGGUUCCCCAGGUGUGUUUUGGGGUGCUCAGGUGAGUUCUCCCCGCAGACACCUGGAUUUUGACCUGGACAAGACUCUGUUCUUCUUCAUCGCCGGCCGUUACGAAUUCUCCAACAAAGGCGCCGACAUUUUCCUGGAGGCGCUGGCCAGGCUCAACUACCUGCUGAGGGUGAAUGGCAGCGAGGUGACAGUGGUGGCAUUUUUCAUCAUGCCAGCCAGGACCAACAACUUCAACGUGGAGUCGCUCAAGGGCCAGGCCGUGCGCAAGCAGCUCUGGGGACUGGGACCCAUUUUUGGAGGGGGAAGAUUUAGGGGGUUCCUGCGCCAGUCGUUCCCCCCCGUGUGCACACACAACAUGCUGGACGACGCCACCGACCCCAUCCUGACCACGAUCCGCAGGAUCGGCCUCUUCAACAGCAGCAACGACAGGGUCAAGGUGACAUUGGGGACACCUGGGGACACCUGGGGGCACCUGGGGGCAUUGAGGGACAC